AUGUCAAACAUUGAUAUUAUUUUUGCAGAAAAAAAUGAGGAACAACAGCAGCAGGAAUUUACUGCGAGAAUAUCUGAGAAUGAGGACAGACCCUGUAAUAUCACUAUCACUGUCAUUGGUCACAAAGGCGUUGGGAAAUCCUGUUUUGUCAAACAAAUCAAGGAAGAAUACAUUCCAGAAGGCGGGCCUGGCUCGACGGAUACCGCAGAUUUGUAUGUAAACUAUUUAGCCUUCAAUCCGAACACCCGCUUUCGAAAGAAACUUGAUGAAAAUGGCGAAGUAGAGACUGGUCGCCAACGACUGAAAAGGAUCAUAGAUCGAUACCGAAAGGGAGAUAGUCUGGAUAUACAAAAACCAGUACAAACAGAACCUGCAACAGUGGUCGCAUCUGUAUCUAUGUCACCUUCCCAGUCAUCACCUAUGAAAAUCUCAGAGGUUCAACGGAAACGAAAAUCACAUGUUAAGAUAUCUUCUGAACACAGAAAUGUUAUAGAGGAGGUCAUGGACACUGAAAUAGAAGAAAGUGAUAAACAGCUGAAGGGCUUCAUCACAAUCUAUGACUUCGGAGGAGAGAAAGUGUUCUAUAACACUCAUCACUGUUUCAUGUCAAGCAACAUGGUCUUUGUCCUGGUGUUCGACGUGGCGAUGUGCCUAGAUACAAACAGAUCCAAGUAUGGCUAUGAAAGUAUCGAAAACUGGCUGAGGUCAAUUGCAACCUAUGCUGUUGACAAAGCAGCCCGUGGUAAAGGGACCCCUCCAGUAAUAAUAGUUGGCUCCCACCUGGAUAAAGUUUCCCCUGAUGAAAAAAAACAGGAAGAGGCAUUUUCUGCCGUGCUGGAAGAGCUGUAUAAGAACCCUCAGCUACGAGAAAUCAUGGAAAUCCACGUGCAGGAAAUGUAUCCCAUCGCCAAUCUCAAUGAUUCUUCAAAACAUCAAAGAUUAAUUGAGUUGGUUUGGCAGAAGAUUAUAGAUGUUGCUCCCCUUCAGUCUCAGUGGGAGAAACCUGUUCCUGCAAGAUGGAUGGCCUUCGAACAUUACCUAGUGAAACAGAAACGUAAGAAUACAGGGAACGUUAUUCUUACGUAUGAAGAAUUAUUGGAAAUCAACCGGGAGUCAGCAGUACCAUUAGCUGAACAUGAGAUCUUGGACUUCUUAAAAAAUCUGAGAUUGGUCGGGCCUUUCCUCUGUUUUGAGCUUCAUGACAAGAGACCAUUUAUUGUUCUUUAUCCGCAGUGGAUAGUAGACGCAUUCAAAGCGAUUAUCACUGCUCCGGAUUUCAAGGUCUGCUUGUCAAUGAAGCUACAAGUUGAGUGGAAACAAUUUCAGAAAUCUGGUGAAAUAAAAAUUGACUUAAUCGAAAAACUGUGGAAGCAACACAAGGACAGCAGCUUCCUUUUGAACUUUGAAACACUCUACUGUGUCAUGGAAACACUUGGUCUGCUGGCAAACCCAUUGUCAGAUAAUGAGAAAGUUGAAUACUUCAUAGUGCCAAGUAUGCUCAGAACGGCAGAUCCAAACAUAAUUCAACCAAUUCUCAAUCAUGCUGACACUGUCACCACUGUUACCAUUUGUCUCAAGUUUGACAACCCUUUCAUCCCACAGGCUGUGUGGGACAAGAUGAUUGCCGCCUGUAUCCAUAAGUUCAGGCCACUAAAUGAGCAUGGUCAUGACGGGUCAAAUUUUAUCCAGCGCAGUUUUGUCUGUCUGUCUGUGGACUCUCUGUGGAACAUGAUUAUCAAUUGCAGCGAAAAUAUCAUGAAAAUUACAAUGUUCAAGAAGGAUAGUGAUAAAUCGGUACCAACAGGAGCUGGAGUUAAACUACUCGGUGAUCUAAAAUUUCAUCUCAAAAGGAUUUUGGAGUUGAAUCACCAGAGUCAUCUCAAAUAUCAAUUCUACCUGCACAAUGACUACCGCUUUACAGCCAAUGACAAGAUGGUGAAGGCAGACGAUCUGAUACAGACCCCACGCCUUCAAUGUCACAGUUUAUAUGAGACUCAAUGGAUAGAAAGAGAGCACUACCACAUCUGGUUCAAAUGCCCAGAUCAAAAGAAUUCAAUGAAUGAGACUAGAAUAAAAGAAAUACAUGCUGAAAUGAUCAGGCAACUAUCAGCAUGGAUUGAUCCGCAAUUAAAUGAAAAAUGGAAAACCUUCCAGACAUGUAUGACCCCCUAUUUGCGUCAUGUAGACGUUUAUGGUUCCCAGAUAAAAUGUUUAGACGAUAUCUGUAGGACACUGAUAGGCAAUGGAAGUAUUGGUUAUGGAAAAUAUGACAAGUUACGGUCUGUGGCAGAGAAUAUACAUGUCGAGGCUGUUAAAAUCAUCGAUAAAGCUUCGUCAGAGAUUAAAGAUAUCCAGGGCUUCGUGUUUCACGAUCAACCCCAAACUCUGGGUUGAGAUAUUGCUAAUGAGGAAUCUACCUGUACAUUGGCUCAAAGUGAUGUUACUACCGCUGAUGACUUCCUUGAGGAUUCAGGUACAUGGGUGUUGGCAGAUGCAUCCCCAAGUGUUAA